AUGUCUGGAAACACUGUCCUCAGCAGCUCGUUCUUGACCCCUACUCGUGUCGAGCGCGUCCACAACCCUUCUUAUCAACGUUCGGGGUUGAAGUCGUACGUCUACGCUAUACGGAAGUACAACAUCGGCCCUACCAUGGACGGCCCAUAUUUCUGUUGCAACAAAGUUCACCAGCAAGGAAAACACGGCGUUGGCCGCCACAUCGGCGGACGCGCACUCGUACAGCAACAUGUGCUUCAGAAGCGUGUCGACGCCCAGAACAACGCGGGAGAGGUCACGGUUGAAGACCAGCAGAACGAUUCCGAGUAUCUUUGCCGCGUGACCGUCGGCACUCCUGGCCAGACUUUCCUGCUCGACCCUGACACCGGAAGUGCCGACCUGUGGAUCCCUUCCAACAAACUGCCAUUUAAUGCGCGUACGCAUGGACACACCUACUUUGAUCCCAGCAAGUCAAGCACCUACAAGCAGACGAAAAGCACCUGGCGUAUCCAGUAUGGAGACCAGUCCAGCGCAUCUGGCAUUGUUGGCACCGAUAAUGUCAAGAUCGGUGGCAUAACUAUCAAGAAUCAGGCCGUUGAGCUCGCCACCCAGCUCUCCUCACAGUUCGUGACCGGCGUCACUGACGGACUCCUGGGUCUCGCAUGGGGCAACAUCAACACUGUCCAGCCGCACCCUGUUGCUACCCCUGUCGAGAACAUGAUCACACAAGACGACAUCCCCAAGGGCAGCGAGCUGUUCACAGCCCAUCUUGGCAGCUGGCGUGACAAGAACGAACCUGAUCAGGGCAAGAGCUUCUACACGUUUGGCUACAUUGACCAAGACGUGCUGAAGGCUUCGGGCGUGGACCCUUACUACGUUCCCAUUGACAACUCUCAGGGCUUCUGGCAGUUCAAUUCGGCCUCUGCGACCAUCAACGGCACGACCAUCCAGCGCAGCGGUAACACGGCUAUUGCUGACACCGGCACCACUUUGGCCCUUGUCGAUGACGACACAGUGGUGGCCAUUUACAGUGCCAUCCCCGGCUCUCGGUACGACUCGUCCAACCAGGGCUUUAUCUUCCCGACCAACACCCUGGUGAAUCAGCUUCCUGAUGUAACCUUCGCCGUCGGCGACAAGCAAUUCACAGUCCAGAAGGAAGACCUUGCGUUUGCCAAUGCUGGCAACGGCAUGGUGUAUGGUGGCAUCCAGAGUCGCGGCGAUUUGCCGUUUGACAUUUUGGGUGACACGUUCCUCAAGGGCAUCUACGCGAUAUUCGACAUGGGUAACAAGCGUUUCGGUGCCGUGCCACGUGUGGAAACCGAGCAGAACCUUGCGGCCCCACAGUGA